AUCGGAGUAAGAGACCACAAGAGACUGGCUUCAUGCAACAGGCAAGAGGGAGUUUAUUGGAUCCUAAUUCAGCGCGCUGAGGCCCAAAGCUCACUCAGGAAGGGAGAGCGGCCCAGAGCCCAGAGCAGAGACCACCGCUUUCCUUGAAUCUCACUAUUCUAGAGUUCUGUGGACAAUAAUCUACUGCAUAAAUCUCAGAAAUGGGAGCUGAGAAGGUUAAUCUCUGGGACCACGUCAACCCAUCUAAUUUCUCCUCUGUCACAGAGUUCCUGUUGUUGGGAUUCUCCAGUCUUGGGAAAAUCCAACUCAUCCUCUUCGCUCUUUUCCUGUGCCUUUACAUGCUUAUUCUAAGUGGGAACAUCACUAUUGUUACUGUCAUCCGACAAGAUCGCAGUCUCCACAUACCUAUGUACUUCUUCCUCGGGGUCCUCUCCGUCUCGGAGACGUGCUACACCUUAGUCAUUCUGCCCAAGAUGCUCAUAAAUCUGCUGUCUCUGCUUAGGACGAUCUCAUUUACCAACUGUGCCAUUCAGAUGUUCUUCUUCCUUGGUUUUGCUGUCACUAAUUGCAUGCUCCUGGGGGUGAUGGGUUAUGAUCGCUAUGUUGCCAUCUGCCAUCCACUUCGAUACCCUGUCCUUAUGCGCUGGCAGGUGUGUGGACUACUGGCAGCAGCUUGUGCUGGGGCUGGUUUUCUGUUCUCACUGACGGGCUCCCUCCUAGUCUUUGAACUCCCUUUCUGUGGCCCAAACAAAAUCAACCACUACUUCUGCGACAUCUCACCAGUUAUCCGGCUUGCCUGCACGGACACCUCCGUCAAUGAGCUAUUAAUCUUCAUUGGGGGAGUUCUAGCUCUUAUGGUCCCCCUGACUUUCAUCUGCAUCUCCUACGGCUUCAUUGUUCGCACCAUCCUGAGGAUCCCAUCAGCUGAGGGCAAGCGCAAAGCCUUCUCCACCUGCGCUUCCCAUCUCACAGUGGUCAUUGUCCACUACGGCUGUGCCUCCUUUGUGUAUCUACGACCAUCAGCUAAGUACUCAUCUAGCAAAGACAGGCUAGUGACAGUGACCUACACGGUUGUGACUCCAUUGUUAAACCCCAUGGUAUAUAGCUUUAGGAAUAAGGAUGUGCAGGUGGCCAUUCGGAAAGUGCUUGGCAGAGUAAGAUUUUAUCCUAAAGCUCUGUAAUGAGAAUAUUUCUCACACCCAUGGAAACAUCCUUUCUGAGGAUGCAGAAAUGAAUGCAAUGCUGACGAUCUCCCUCUUCCAUUUAUUUAGCACUUUACUCACCUCAUAAUGCAAGCUCUCCAUGGCCUUAUUUUGAUAGACUUUGUGGGGUACAGAUUAAACUUGGGUUUCUUGAAAAUCAGUUCCAAACUAAAAACACUUUUCAAACUUACACCAAUAAGUAUUUUGCUUUCUCAGGACACUUAAGGGGUGAUUUUAGCCGGUUUAUUAAACGAUAAGUAAAACGUGAAGGGCAGUUUGUAUAGAAGAUGCAACUAUUUCUACCCAGUUUAAAAAGAUUUCAGUAGGGCCCUUCACAAAAUGAUCCAUAUAAUAGAAAAGUAUUCAUUAACUUUGAGCUAUCUUGGAAAGAACCAAGGGUAUCACCACCGCUGCUCUGUUCUUGUAGGAGUCUCACCUGAAGCAAUGCAAUCUUGGUUGAUUGCUAAAUAGGGAGGUGUAUUAAAUAUCUCUAAAUGAUGUAAAGUUCUACUUUUAUAUGCCUUCCUUCUUUUGUUCCUAUUGUCUAUAAAGAUGUAUAGAUGUAGCUAAUA